AUUGCCACCUUCUCUCUCUCUUCCAAAACUCAUCCACUCGUUAUUUAUAAACCGCCAAGCAAAUAUUCGAGUUGCGAAGCCUAUUCAACUAAUUACACCUUACAUGCAAAAUACACUUCCACAAAUACAGCACCCAUGGUCCUCCGCAUGCUGCUCGUUACAGUCCUCGCAACCCUCACCGGGGCCAUCACCCUACCAUCACAACAUGCCCCCUCCUCCUCCAUCCCCAGAAACGAAACCUCACACGGCGACCUAACCUGGUAUACCAGAAGCCUCGGUUACCACGAGAUAGCAUGCGGCUCGAUCCGGAAACAAACCGACUAAAUUACUACGCUGGGCUCGGCCCACUUUGGGAUUCACAGGAGUCCCCUGUGCGGCCAAUUGAUCUGCAUGCGCCGUGGCGACGAAGAGAUCGAUAUCGAGGUCACGAACUAUUGUGUGGCUUGUGAGUGGGGGUAUGUGGAUGUGUCCCCCGUAACCUUUGACAAGUUAGCAGGUCCGGAGGAAGGGACGGUGGGGGUUGAGUGGCGGUUUAUUGAAGGGGUUGACGAGAGGUUGGUUGGGGACAGUUCGAUACUAGCUGUCUAGGGGGUUAAGAUUAGUGUUUUGUACGGCGCCUCGUUGGAAUUAUAGCCGUGUCGAUGGAGUGAGCUACUGACGCCUCCAAAAACUUUAGGACUGCAUCAAUACAUGGAUUCGUGCGUUGGAGACGGUCUUUACUGCUGAUUUUCCUCGCUUCCGACAAGAGUAUGUCAGAAGAAAAGGCAACAAACCUGAAGAGCCCGUCCGACGCCCGAGAUGGACUCGGGAAGCUUGCAUGCCUCCGUUGGUUUAGGUCUCUGAGCA